UGCUUCCAAAGCCCUGCUAGCAGAGCCGGAAGCCCUGGAAGAGGUGGCAGUGGAGCUUUCGGUGGAACCGGUGGAACUGGUGGAAUCGGUGGAACUGGUGGAACUGGUGGAACCGGUGGAACUGGUGGAACCGGUGGAACUGGUGGAACUGGUGGUAGCGGCGGAAGCGGUGGUAGCGGUGGAAGCGGUGGAAGCGGAGCUGCAGAUUGUGGUCCUGACGGCAGUGGAGGUAGCGGUGAAAACGGUGGAAGCGCUGGCUGUCGUAACAAUAACGCAUACGCCGGUUACGACGACGACCUUGGCACUGGUGGUUGUCCUCCUGGACCAGCUGGACCACCAGGUGUCCAAGGACCGGAUGGUGUGCCUGGCCACGACGGCAUAGAUGGGUUCCCGGGUGAGGACGCUGACGACUGGCAGAACGCGCCAUUCAUUGGCUGCAUCAUAUGCCCAACGGGCAAACCGGGAGCCGUGGGUGAACGCGGUAAACCGGGCGUCCGCGGAAUGCGCGGCCAAAGAGGUACGCCGGGAACGCCUGGCAGCGACGGAAACCCAGGAAGCCCAGGAGAAAUGGGACCUCCCGGACCGCCUGGUGCAGAUGGGCCGCCAGGAGAGAAUGGAGAGAAGGCAUACUACGAGCAAAUCAUCCCACGUAAGGGACCGCGCGGAAAUACGGGUGAGAGCGGCGAACCAGGAGAGACUGGAGAACCAGGCAAAGAAGGCCCUGUUGGGCAGCCGGGACCACCCGGACCAGAUGGAACACCUGGAUUCCAAGGAGCUGGUGGUCGCCCCGGAGAGGAAGGUACCCAAGGGCUCCCAGGACAGGUUGGAGCCGAUGCUACGUACUGCCCCUGCCCAGACAGAGAAGGGAAGAAGCAAGUGGUCGGAUCGCCAGCCGCCCAUACAUCAUCGAAUGCGAACGCCCCCGCGCCCGCGUAUUCUGCCGGAACAGGAGGCUAUACCGGAGGAACCGGUCAUGCCAUAUCACAAUAUGGACGCUAA